AUGGUUAAAGUUGAAUUUCCAGGAGAGGAAUUAACAAAAUAUGAAAUUCAAAAAUGGUUAAAAUCUUACAAAAUUUCUUAUACACCAUUUAUGAAAAAAGAAGAACUUUUAGAAGUUGUAAAUUCAAAUAAAAAAAUGGUUAUUGAAAUUGAAAAAGAAAAAAAAAAACAAUUAAAGUUACAACAACAACAAUCUACUUCUCAGGAUAGUUAUUCAUCAUCAUCAUCAUCAUCAUCAUCAUCACCAUUUAAAUCAAAAUUUAAUACAGAAUCAAAAUCAUUAUCAUCACCAUUUAAAAAAAUUGAUUUAAAGAAAAAAGAUAAUAAUAAUAAUAAUAAUAAUAAUAAUAAUAAUAAUUUAUCAACAACAUUGAAUAGUUUAAAUAAUGAUAAUGAUUUAAAAAAUAAUAUUAUUAAACAUGAAAAAAUUAUAAAGAAACAAAAUAUUGAAAAUAAAUUAAAUGGUACAAUACUUUAUGUAUUUUUAUCAUCAACAUUUAAGGAUAUGUCGGGUGAAAGAGAUCAUUUAAUAAAGGUAACAUUUCCAGCAUUGAAUGUUAAAGCCAAAGAAAAGAAUCUUACAAUUGUACCAAUUGAUUUAAGAUGGGGUUUAACAAAAGAUGAGACUACAGUUCAAGGUCAAAUUGAGUUAUGUUUGAAACAGAUUGAUAAAUGUCCAAUUAUGUUGACAAUGUUGGGUUCAAGAUUUGGUUGGGUACCAAGUGAAUAUAAAGUAUCGGAUAAUAACGAUCAAUAUUCACAAUGGUUAAAUUCAAUGCCUCUUGGACAUUCCAUUACAUCAUUGGAGGUGCAAUACUCAUUGGUGACAUCAAAACAUUGUAUAGCCGCCUUUAGAGAUCCAUCAUUCCAAUCGUCAGUACCAUUGAGCCAUCAAGCAUCAUUUCAAGUUGAGAAUAAAGAAUCUGAAAAACUUUUAAAUGAUUUAAAACGUAAACUCAUUGAGAAUGAUCAUUGUAAUGUUUUGGAGAAUUAUCCAUGCAAAUAUGGUGGUGUUGAUAAGGAGGCUAAAGUGUUUGUAAGCAAUUUAGAAACAUUUGGCGAUUACGUUUUCAAUAAACUUUGGUCAAUUAUUGAAGUUGAAUUUCCAACACCAUUGAAACCAUUGGAUUCAUUUGAACAAGAAUUACAAUUUCAUAAGAAUUGUUUCGAUACAAAAUCAUCAGAUUAUUAUGGUAGAGAGAAUAUUCAAAAGAAACUUAAAGAAUUUGUAACUGAUAAACAAAGUAAUGAUAAAAUUGGUAUUAUUUAUGGUGAACCAGGUAGUGGCAAAUCAUCAACACUUGCAUAUUUUGCCAAAGAGAUUACAAAUAAUCAUGGUGAUUCAUGGAAGGUUUUAUAUCAUUUCGUUGGUUGUUCAAUUGAUUCAACUCAAAGUACAAAUAUUCUUUAUAAAUUCUCAUGUGAACUUAAUCAACAAUUUAAUUUAAAGAUGGAAGUUUCAGAUAAUCAUGAGAAAUUACGUAUUGAUUUCCCAGAGAUUUUAAAGAAAGCAAGUAAAUAUAAAAAUAUUCUAUUGGUUAUUGAUGAUUUAGAUGAAAUGUCAACAUCAAAUCAAGCACAUCAAAUGGAUUGGUUACCAGAUAGUACAGAGUUAAAUGAUAAAUGUAAAAUUUUAUUAUCAUGUUAUCAUGGUAAAGAUUGUUGGGAAUAUUUACAUCUUCGUUCAAAUAUUCCAUUUACACUUUCAUUACCACCAUUAGAAAUCAAUGAAAAGAAUUUAAUUGCAACUAAAACUUUAGAGAAAUUUUCUAAAAAAUUGGAACCAAAGUUAUUAGAUAGAUUCAUUUCAAAAACUCAUGCAAAAUUCCCAUUAUUCAUUAAAUUGGCUUGUGAAGAGUUAAGAGUAUUUGGUUCAUUUGAGAAAUUGAAUCAAUUCGUUACCAAAGGUAUACCAGAUACAAUCGAUCAAUUAAUUUUAAAUAUAAUUAAUCGUUUGGAAGAAGAUAUGGGUAAAGAUUUAAUUAAAAAAACUUUAUGUUUUAUUGCACUUUCAAGAUUUGGUUUAUCAGAAGAAGAAUUAUUAGGUUUAUUAAAAGAAAAGAAACAACAACAACAACAACAAAAUACUUUACCAUUUAAUGUUUGGGCACCACUUUUAAAUUCAAUUUCACCAUUGUUAAGAGGUGGUGAUCAUAAUACUAUUACAUUCUUUCAUAAUACAAUUGUAAAAGUAAUCAUUAAUAAAUAUUUACCAACUGAAAAAAGUCAAAUUUUAAUUCAAUCUAAUUUAGCUGAUUAUUAUUUAUCAUUAGCUGAUCCAUUAAAUAAUAAAACUUGGUCAUUAAAUAAUAAUAAUAAUAAUAGUAAUAAUAAUAAUAACAAUAGCAAUAAUAAUAAUAAUAAUUUACUAUCGAAUAGUAAUAAAUUAAAACCAUUUGAAGAAUUACCAUAUCAUUUAAUGAAAUCAAAACGUUGGGAUUUAUUAUCAAAUUUAUUUAUGGAUUUAAGAUUUAUUGAAGCAAAAAUUAAAAUUGGAUUAUCAAAAGAUUUAGUUGAGAAUUUUAUUGGAUCAUUACAAGAGAUUCAAAGUCCAAGUUUAUCAGGUGAAAGAUGGGUUGGUAAUAAUUUUUCAUCAGUGAAUUCAGUUGAAGAUUUUUGUGCAUUUGUUCAAUAUCAAGUUCAUAAUUUAAAGAGAUUCCCAAUGAUUACAUGUCAACAAGCAAAUAAUUUACCAGAUGGUUCAAUUUGUAAUCAAUUAUCACAGAAACUUUUAGAUCAAUCAAAGAAACCAUACUUUAAAUGGGUUAACAAAUUACAAUUGAGUGAUUAUGUCAUUGGUACAUUGGCAGGUCAUGAAGAUUUCAUUAGAUGUGUUUUAUAUCGUGAUGAUGGUAAAUUGAUUGCUUCAUGUUCCGAUGAUAAAACCAUUAGAAUUUGGAGUGGUGAAACUAGUUCAUUGAUUAGAGUUUUCCCAAAGGUUCAUACUGAUAAAAUUACAAGUCUCAUUUGGAGAGGUAAUCAAUUGAUUUCCGUUGGUAGAGACAAAAAGAUUUUAAUGUGGGAUGAAUAUGGUAAAGUUUUAGCCGAUUUCGCAGGUGGUCAUUCAAAUGCAGUUUGGGGUUGUAGUGUAAGUGGUGAUGGUAAACGUUUAGUCACUGCAAGUUGGGAUCAAAGUGCAAUCAUUUGGGAUAUUGAAAAGAAAGUGAAAUUAUUUCAAUUAAAGAAACAUACCAAUAAACUUUCAACUUGUGCCUUCUCUCAUAAUAACAAAUUGAUUGCAACCGCUUGUUGGAAUGGUGAAUUAAUCAUUUGGGAUUCAAAAACUGCUCAACCAAUUAAAACCGUCAAAAUUUGUAAUUCAACCAUUUUAUUCUUACAAUUUUCACCAGAUGAUCAAUUUUUAUCAGUUUCAUCAGUUGAUACUUUUACUCAUGUUUUCAAUACCUCUACAUGGACAAAGGUUGCACAAUUGGAAGGUCAUAUUGAAGCGGUUAUUAGUUCACGUUUCUCUUAUGAUGGUAAAUAUUUGGUAUCAUGUUCCGAUGAUAAAACUAUUAGAGUUUUCGAAACUAAAGAUUGGUUACAAGUUUCAUUAAUGACUGGUCAUUCAGGUAGAAUCAUCUCUUGUGCUUUCCAUCCAAAUAGUGAAAAACUUCGUAUCAUUACUGGUGCCACUGAUAAAUUCAUUAAAAUUUGGGAUCCAAAAUUAGGUCAAAAUAAUACUCAAGUACUUCAAGGUCAUAGAAAAGCUGUAACCUAUUUACAAUACAUUAAAUCACUCGAUAUACUCUUAUCUACCUCUGAAGAUAAAUCAAUUAGAAUUUGGAAUUAUUUCUCUAAAAAUGAUUUACUAUCAUUAGGAAUGACUUUAAAUAUUUAUGCUACUCAAUUUGAACUUUUAUCAGAUGAAAAGACUUUUAUCAUUUUAUUAUCAGAUGGUAGAGUUGUAAUUAUUAAAGAUUUCCAACAAUUUUUAAAUGAAAAUGGUUUACCUGAUGAAGCAUCAAUUUCAGCCAAUACUUCACAAAUACAAUUUAAGGAAUUUUUACAAUUAAAUUUAAAAAAUCCAAUAGAUACUACUGAUAAACAACAACAAUCAGAAAUGGUAACUUAUUUCUCUGUAAAUCCAAAUGGUAACGGUGAUGUUGCUUUUUCAAGUAAAACUGGUAGAAUUGUAAUUUAUAAUAUUAAUACCAACGUUGAAGUUUUUAAUGAACGUCUUUGUGGUUCAUUAAAUGAAUGUAAAUUCAAUUCAACUGGUGAAUUAUUAUUAACAAGAGAUUCAAAGGGUUAUUUUAAUAUCCUUAGAAUGAAUGCAUCUUCAAAAUAUUCAGUUGUUUUCAAAUCAAAUUCAUCUCAACCAAUUACAUCUUUGGCAUGGAGUAAAAAUCAUUUUGCACUUUGUUUAUCAACUGGUGAUAUUGAAUUGUACACUAUUAAACCAAAUUUCAAUCAUUGGAAAACUUUAAAAAGUCAUGUUUUCCAAGUUCAUGGUUUAUCUUUCUCUCCAAAUGGCAAAUAUUUAUUCUCUGCUUCCUAUGAAAAACAUUCAAUACUUUGGGAUGUUGAAUCUUCUGAAAUCAUUUCCGCUUUUCCAUUAGGUUCAAUUUCAACUUCAAAUAUUUUAUUUAAGGUUGAUAAUUAUGGUGAAUUAUCUUCAAUUUUAUCAGAUUAUACUGGUAAAAUUCAUCAUUUAAAAUUAUUAUAUAAUCAAGAAUUAUAUAAUAAUGAUUAUUAA